UGACAGCCUGUCGCGUGGUUUGUUUUAGUGAAUGGUGAAUAAUUUAGUGAAAAAUGAAGUUAUUUUUUCUAUUGUUUUUUGUGCAUCAGGGCUCGGCUAUUAUAUAUAAAUUGAACUACACGGAGUUCAGCAAAAUGCCGGACCUGUUCCAAAUGGAUGACUUCGACAAAUGUGUGAUAGAGCCAGGGGGGACUUAUUGCCUGGCCGACGCAGUUCUAUACUCCAAGGGGGAAUCUGAGCUGAUGCAGACUAUACUGGAAUAUUCAGAAUACAAGAGAAAGCAUUUCAACCACUCAGUGGUGCACAGAGCGGUGUGCGUCCAAAGGACCUGCAAGGAAUUCAUAAAGAACAGGAGUUUAGAAAAUGAAACGGACCUGGAGUUGAUCCUUGAGGAAUGCAUCGACAACUCUUUGUGGAAGGAAUACAAACUCAAUGCCAGGUUAAAAGAAGUAAAUUAUUGCAAGAGGCACGGGCAGAAGAGAACUCUCGGCGCUGGGGACUACAUCAUGGGUCUCGUGUAUUUGUCGCUCAUCGCUAUCAACGCUGUUGGCACCGCCUAUGAUCUACUUAAAGGGGAAAACGCAAAGAACCCGUAUCUCAUGGCCUUUUCCAUGCGCAAGAACUGGCGUAAACUGGUGGCGCCAAGUGGCGUGGGACCAGACCCUAGGCUGAACAGACUCACUGUGUUUAACGGACUAAGGACCAUGACAAUGAUAUGCGUCUUCUUCUCACACACGGCUCUCAUAAUGGUCUUUUCGUACAUCAAGAACCCCUACUACAUCGAAACGUCAUACGAAGAUCCCGCUAAAUUCAUUCUCUUCAACGGGACCCUGGUGACGUAUACGUUCUUCGUCAUGUCCGGGUUUCUGCUGGCGUUUAAUUUCGAGUUGCACGCUGAGAAGCAUCGAGUUACCCUGUGGGACUGGCCUAAGGGCAUGCUGAUGCGAUGGCUGAGGUUGACCCCAACAUACGGCCUGAUAAUCUUCACGACCAUGACCUUGAUGCGUCACCUGGGCGACGGGCCGCUCUGGGACCUUCUGGUGACCAGCGAAGCCCCCGCCUGCAACCAGUACUGGUGGGCGCACCUGCUGUACAUCAACAACUAUAUCUAUGACGACUCGCAUUGCUUCCCGCAGAGUUGGUACCUAGCAGCAGACACGCAACUAUUCGGAGUAGGGCUGCUUCUAUGCAUCCUUUUCCGAAAAUGGCGUCCCCAGCUGCUAGCACUCGGCGUCAUGCUUGUUAUCUCGAUCAUCAUUCCUGCAGCGCAUACCUACUUCCAGGAUCUUGACGCUGUAGUUCUCCAGAGUCCAGAAACCCUACGCAGUAUUUACCGCUUUGACGACACUUUCCGCCUGGUAUUCGUCCGUGGACACACGAACCUCUCCACCUACACUUUGGGCAUCGCUGGAGGAUUGCUCGCUUACUAUUGGCUGAAGAACGACCAGAUCAUCUCUGCACGACUACAGAAAUUCCCCUGGAUCCAGUGGCUGAUGUUCCCCACAGGAGUAGGCCUGAUCCUCAUUGGCGGCAUCUUCUACAUAGACGGCUUUGAACCCUCCACCCUGCUCAGGGUUCUUUACGCAUGCCUCAACAAGCCCAUCUUCCAAGCGGUGGUCAUUGUCAUUAUAAUGGCCUGCAUCUUUAGGGUUGAAAACACGUACCGCAGCAUCGUGGAGUGGCGAGGCUUCUCCUGGAUGGCUCGUUGCACGUACAGCGCUUUCUUAGUUCACGGCUCCAUACAGCGGGGACUUAUCGGGACUACUAGGGAACCUACUUUUAUGACUGACUACUACGUGAUGACAAUACUCGCAUCGACCAUCUUCCUUUCCUACGGACUGGGCGCACUACUCUGGAUCACCGUAGAAUCUCCGCUCGCUCAGGUUUCCAAAGCGGCCCUCACGCCGCCCCGACGAGAAAAGAAGGAACCAAAUGAAGAAGUCACUACUAAAGUCUAACCUCAGCAUGCUAUUAAGUUCAUACAGGAUGUAAUUUUUAUAACCAGCAAUAAGGACAAUAUUUGCGUAAAGUAGCGGAUUUGUUACCACUACUCGACACUAGAUGUCAUGAGUGUCGUGACAAAGGAAAAGCGUAUGCUCAUUGCUCAGUAAUUUUACAACUGAAAUAAUAUUCAGAAUGAAAAUACUCUGAAUAAAAUAUGUUUAGGUUAAAAUGUACUUAAUUUAGUUUUUGUUUAGGUGUUGUUAACUAGAUUAUAAGUUUGUACCAACGAAAUUAAAUAAAUAUCAAAUAAAUAUU